AUGGAGCUGGCCUGGCACCUCGCCCUGGUGGUUUUCCUGGGCUUUUCGUGCGGCGGGCUGGGCUGGGAGCCCGGCGGGAGCCUCAUGUGGGCGGCGGGGCCGCUCCCCGAGGCCCCGGGGGGCGCGUGUCCCGGGCCGCCGCCCGCGCUCCUGCCCCAGCGGCUGGGCCGCCUCCGCGCGCGCGGCGCCACCCACUUCCAGGUGCCCGUGUCCGCGGCGCGGCUGCUGCCCGCGGGGCCCGCCGCGCCCCCCGCCGCCGGGGCGGUGCGCUGCUACCGGCGCCUGCUGGGCGCCGUGCGGGCCGCGGGGCUGCGGCCGCUGGGGGUGCUGCCCCGCGGGGCCCUCCCGGCCGCCGCCGCCGCCUUCCGCGCCCUCGGGGACCUGGUGGACACCUGGGUCACCCUCAGCGGCCUGGAGGGGGCGCUCGCGGGGCUGCCUCCCGCGCGGCUGCGGGCCCUCGCCGACGCCCACCGGAGAGCCUACGAGGUUUACCACGAACGCUACGCCCCGCCGGGUGGAAAGCUCUCGGUGGUGCUGCCGGCCGAAGCCGCCUCGGAGCUCCUGCGAGACCCAGCCACCGCCUCCCUGGCCAAGGACGCAGUGGAUUUCCUGUCUCUCGAUUGGUCCUAUGAUUGCCGAGGAGGGCGGAGCUUGCUGCAGGAGCUGAGGGAGCUGCAGAGAAUUGAGCCAAAAGUGAAAGUUUUCAUCUUCAGUCUAAAGCUCCAGAACUGCCCCUCCACCGGGAAGAGCCGGGCUGAGCUGCUCCUCAGCGUCUUCGAAGCCCUCGAUAAAGGCCAAGAGAAGAAUAUAUUAAUUGGGUCUGACAUUAACAUAUUCCUGAACUGUUCAUCAAGUCUCGAGGAAAGCGGGUCUUGUCCCCUGACUGACAGCCCGGCCCUGCAGGGCGCGGGGCCGUGGGGCUCGGAGACCGCCCUGGGCUCCCCGCCCCGCUCCGCCUACCAGAGGGCCUGGGCCGCCUUCGCUCGCCAGCCCCCGGCGGAAAGGGAUGCUUUCCUGCGGGAUGUCUUCCCCGAAGGCUUCCUCUGGGGCGUCUCCACCGGAGCCUUCAACGUGGAAGGAGGCUGGGCCGAGGACGGAAGAGGGCCAAGCGUGUGGGACCGACCCGGACCCCAGCGGGCCGCCCCGGGCGUGGCCAGCGACAGCUACCACAAGGUGGACUCGGACGUGGCCCUGCUCCGCGGCCUCCGGGCCCAGGUCUACAAGUUCUCCAUCUCCUGGUCCCGCAUCUUCCCCACCGGGCGCGGGCCCAGCCCCAACCCCCGGGGCGUCGCCUACUACAACAGGCUCAUCGACGGCCUGCUGGCCUCGCACGUGCAGCCCAUGGCCACGCUGUUCCACUGGGACCUGCCGCGGGCCCUGCAGGACCGAGGCGGGUGGCAGAACGAGAGUGUGGUGGACGCUUUCCUGGACUACGCAGCCUUCUGCUUCUCCACCUUCGGGGACCGCGUGAAGCUGUGGGUGACCUUCCAUGAGCCGUGGGUGAUGAGCUACGCGGGCUACGGCACCGGCCAGCACCCGCCGGGCAUCUCCGACCCCGGAGUGGCCUCCUUUAAGGUGGCUCACUUGGUCCUCAAGGCUCAUGCCAGAGCUUGGCACCUCUACAACAGCCAGCAUCGCCAGCAGCAGCAGGGCCGUGUGGGCAUCGUGCUGAACUCAGACUGGGCAGAGCCCCUCUCCCCAGAGAGCCCCGAGGACCUGAGAGCCUCCGAGCGCUUCCUGCACUUCAUGCUGGGCUGGUUUGCACACCCCAUCUUUGUGGAUGGGGACUACCCAGCUGCCCUGAGGGCCCGGAUUCAACAGAUAAACAAGCAGUGCCCCAGGCCCGUGGCCCAGCUCCCUGAAUUCACCGAGGCCGAGAAGCAGCUCCUGAAAGGCUCAGCUGACUUCCUGGGUCUGUCCCACUACACUUCCCGCCUCAUCAGCACGGCCCCACAGGACACCUGCAGCCCCAGCUAUGAUACCAUCGGAGGCUUCUCCCAGCACACGGACCCUGCCUGGGCCCAGACCUCCUCCCCUUGGAUUCGCGUGGUGCCCUGGGGUAUGAGGAGGCUGCUGCGGUUUGUAUCCUUGGAAUACACAAGAGGACAAGUUCCCAUCUACCUGGCUGGGAAUGGCAUGCCCAUCGGGGAAAGUGAAAAUCUCCUUGAUGAUUCCUUGAGAGUAGACUACUUCAAUCAAUAUAUCAACGAGGUGCUCAAGGCUGUCAAGGAGGACUCGGUGGACGUUCGAUCUUACAUUGCUCGUUCCCUCAUCGAUGGCUUCGAAGGGCCCUCUGGGUACAGCCAGAGGUACGGGCUGCACCACGUCAACUUCGAGGACAGCAGCAGGCCCAGGACUCCCAGGAAAUCUGCCUAUUUCUUCACCAGCAUCAUCGAAAACAAUGGUUUCCUCACCAGAGAAGUGAAAAGACUGCCACCCCCCAGGACGGCAGCUUUCCCCCCUCCAGUCAGAGCCUUCCCUUUUCCAUCCGAGGUGCCCUCCAAGGCCAAGGUAGUCUGGGAGAAGUUCUCCAACCAGCCCAGGUUUGAACGAGACUUGUUUUACCACGGCACGUUCAGGGAUGACUUCCUGUGGGGCGUGUCCUCCUCAGCCUACCAGAUCGAAGGGGCGUGGGCCGCGGACGGCAAAGGCCCCAGCAUCUGGGACAACUUCACCCACACGCCGGGCAGCAACGUGAAGGGCAACGCCACGGGAGACGUGGCCUGUGACAGCUACAACCAGCUGAGUGCCGACCUGAACAUGCUUCGAGCUUUGAAGGUGAAGGCCUAUCGCUUCUCUAUCUCCUGGUCUCGGAUUUUCCCGACGGGGAGAAACAGUUCUGUCAAUCACCAAGGUGUCGAUUAUUACAACAGGCUGAUCGAUGGCUUGGUGGGAAGCAACAUCUUUCCGAUGGUGACGCUGUACCACUGGGACCUGCCCCAGGCCCUGCAAGACAUCGGAGGCUGGGAGAACGCGUCCUUGAUUGAGUUGUUUGACAGCUACGCAGACUUUUGUUUUCAGACCUUUGGCGACAGGGUCAAGUUCUGGAUGACCUUCAACGAGCCCACCUACCAGGCGUGGCUGGGCUACGGCUCAGGGGAGUUUCCCCCGAAUGUGAAGGAACCAGGCUGGGCACCUUACAGGAUUGGCCACGCACUCAUCAAAGCUCAUGCCAGAGCCUACCACACGUACGAUGAGAAGUACCGGCCAACGCAGAAGGGGGUCAUCUCCCUGAGCCUCAGUGCACACUGGGCAGAGCCCAAGUCGCCCGAGCUCCCGAGGGACGUGGAGGCGGCUGACCGGACGCUGCAGUUCUCGCUGGGCUGGUUCGCCCACCCCAUCUUCCGAAACGGGGACUAUCCCGAGGCCAUGAAGUGGAAAGUGGGGAACAGAAGUGAACUACAGCACUUGGCCUCGUCCCGCCUGCCAAGUUUCACCGAGGAGGAGAAGAGGUACGUCAGGGGUACGGCCGAUGUGUUCUGCCUCAACACCUACUCCUCCAGGAUCGUGCAGUACACAACACCGAGGCUAAACCCGCCCUCCUACCGAGAUGACCAGGAGACGAUCGAGGAGGAGGACCCUUCGUGGCCGGCCACAGCGCUGAACAGAGCUGCGCCCUGGGGGAUGCGGAGGCUGCUCAACUGGGUCAAGGAAGAGUAUGGUAACAUCCCCAUUUACAUCACCGAAAAUGGGGUGGGGCUGGAAAAUCCGAAGGUGGAAGAUACCGAUCGGAUAUUCUACCACAAAACCUACAUCAAUGAAGCUUUGAAAGCCUACAGGCUCGACGGCGUAGACCUUCGAGGGUACGCCGCGUGGUCCCUGAUGGACAGCUUUGAGUGGCUGAAUGGUUACACAGUCAAGUUCGGGCUGUACCAUGUUGAUUUCAACCACACGAGCAGGCCUCGCACGGCCAGAGCCUCCGCCAGGUACUACACGGAGGUCAUCACCAACAACGGCAUGCCGCGGCCCCCGGAGGACGAGUUUCUCUACGGGCAGUUUCCCGAGGGCUUCCUCUGGAGUGCGGCUUCCGCUGCGUAUCAGAUUGAAGGUGCGUGGAGAGAAGAUGGCAAAGGACUGAGCAUUUGGGACACAUUCUCCCACACGCCACUGAAGGUCAGCAACGACGACACGGGAGACGUGGCCUGUGACAGUUACCACAAGAUCGCCGAGGACGUGGCCGCCCUGCGGAACCUGGGCGUGUCCCACUACCGCUUCUCCGUCUCUUGGCCUCGCGUCCUCCCGGACGGGACCACCAAGUACAUCAACGAGGCGGGACUGCGCUACUACACGCAGCUCAUCGACGCGCUGCUGGCCGCCAACAUCAAGCCCCAGGUGACCAUCUACCACUGGGACCUGCCCCAGGCCCUGCAGGACGUGGGCGGCUGGGAGAACGAGACCAUCGUGCAGCGCUUCAGAGACUACGCCGAUGUGCUCUUCCAGAGGCUGGGUGGCAAGGUCAAGUUCUGGAUCACGCUGAACGAGCCCUUCGUCAUCGCUCUGCAGGGCUACGGCUAUGGGACGGCGGCCCCAGGCAUCUCCUUCAGGCCCGGCACCGCCCCCUACAUCGCCGGCCACAACCUGAUCAAGGCCCACGCCGAGGCCUGGCACCUGUACAACGACGUGUACCGCGCCCAGCAAGGCGGCCUCAUCUCCAUCACCAUCAGCAGUGACUGGGCGGAGCCCAGGGACCCCUCCAACCAGGAGGACGUGGAGGCGGCCAGGAGAUACGUCCAGUUCAUGGGAGGCUGGUUUGCACAUCCCAUUUUCAAGAAUGGGGAUUACAAUGAAGUGAUGAAGACCCGGAUCCGCGACAGGAGCUUGGCCCAAGGCCUCAACAAGUCUCGGCUGCCUGAGUUCACGGAGAGUGAGAAGAGGAGGAUCAAUGGCACCUACGACUAUUUUGGGUUCAAUCACUACACCACUGUCCUGGCCUACAAUCUUGACUAUGCCUCUUGGGUCUCUUCCUUUGAUGCAGACAGGGGAGUUGUCUCCAUCACAGAUCGCUCUUGGCCAGACUCCGGCUCCUUCUGGCUGAAGAUGACACCCUUUGGCUUCAGGAGGAUCCUGAACUGGUUAAAGGAGGAGUACAACAACCCUCCCAUCUACGUCACAGAGAACGGAGUGUCCCAAAGGGGAGAAACCAGCCUCAAUGACACUGCGAGGAUCUACUACCUCCGCAGCUACAUCAACGAGGCACUCAAAGCUGUGCGGGAUAAGGUGGACCUUCGAGGAUACACUGUUUGGAGUGUGAUGGACAACUUUGAAUGGGCCACGGGCUUCGCAGAGAGGUUUGGUCUGCAUUAUGUGAACUACACUGACCCUUCUCUGCCGAGGAUUCCCAAAGCGUCAGCCAAGUUCUACGCCUCUAUCACCCGGUGCAAUGGCUUCCCCGACCCAGCCGCAGGCCCGCACCCUUGUCUCCAGCCAGAAGAUGCCGGACCCACCGUCAGUCCCCAGAGAGAGGAGGAGGUCCGGUUCCUGGGCCUGGCCCUGGGAGCCACCGAAGCCCAGACCGCGCUGUACACGCUCUUCUCUCUCAUGCUCCUCGGAGCCUGCGCCGUGGCCUUUCUGUCCUACAAGUACUGCAAGCGCUCCAAGCAGCGGAACACACCGCCAGGCCAGCAGGAGCUGCGCCCUGCUUCUUCGUUCUGACCCCAGGCACCGCCUCCUCCAGUUCUGCGAAACAGGCCCAGUUUCUCUGUACACCUUUACCACCCACAAAACCCCCGAGGAGCGCCCCUUGUGCCCGCACCGGAGUGCUCACAAAGGCCUCCUGCAAGGAUUUCAGCCCCUGAUUAAAAAGGGAAUGUCUGCAUCUCGCCCCAGGAUCAGAAACUCAUUUGGGCAUUAGAAGGCCCUGCAGCUGGCUCUUGUGCAACUGUGCAGGCACUGAACUCACCCAGUGGUUCUGUGGGCCAGUAAUCCGGGCAGUUCCAAGCUGAAGAGAUUUUAAAGAUAGAAAUAGGAGAGAAAACCAAUCCUUUUUCUAAGAAAUCAACUCCAUUGCAUAGAUGGACUAGUGUCAUCUCCUGCCCUCUCUUCAAACUCCCUUCCAGCCUCAUAUCUUGUGUGUCUCCGAAAAUAAUGGAG